UCGGCCGCUCGUACCUCUUUCUCCCUCUAUCCGUUUCCCUAUCUCUAUCUCCCUGUCGAGGCUCAAUAGACGAUGGACAAUUCGUCGGUACUCUCGCGGGCGCGACAAGUCUAUUGAAAUAGUUCCGCCGCGUAUCUCGUCGCGGGUAUCAGGUGUGGUGGCAGCAGAAGCACCUGGAAUGUCUGUGCAAAGGAAUCGUUGACUUUUUUACUCGGUCAGCAGGAUGUCGCCGUCCAUUGUUUUUUUCGAACUGUACAUGAUAUGGAGCCUGUUGACGAGUUGCUGGUCUUACACCGACCAAGUUACGCGCUAUCGCUACCAAACGAGAUAUGGAAUGACAAGCUCUCCAGGUUUCGUGGCACCGAUUCGUGGAUGGGCCGAAACGGAAGCGUGGCCCGUGUUUGCAGACGGGCCGCGGAGAUCAGCCACCGGAAUCUUUCGAAGGGACACGCAAAUACGACCUUCUUACGUGAAGCUAGCGAAAGUGGAGCAACGAGUCGAACCGGACCCGUUGAUCGCGAUCAGCGAGACUUUGGGCGCUUUGAACACUGUCGGCAGUUACAUCGUCAAUAUGACCAGGGGCGUGGAGAACUCGAACUACCCCCCUAAAGAGUUGCCAUCGGCAAUAUACACAAUCUCUAAAAACAUUCUAGGACGCAACGUAACGGACAGUAUAGCACCGCUGGUACGCGGGGUGACUCUGCCUUUGAGAGCUACACCCAAUGCUGCAUCCAAUCCGGAUCGUACUUCUUUGACUCCGAAUCCGAAUCCGACUCCGACUCAGUCUACCGCUGAGGUCAUCGUCGAUCGAGAAAAGGAACCCUCGCAGGUGUCAUCAGGCUGUACCACGGCUGAUGGUACGCCUGGAAAGUGUCAAGACCUGAGCAACUGCCCUCAGCUUCUUCUGGACCUGACCAAACUCAGACAAUCGUUAUGUUUCAAAAGCUUAUUCGUACCGGGGGUCUGCUGUCCGUUGAGCGACAAACCUGACACCGCGAGCAUUGCACCUGGCAUAAUUCCAGCCGCUGGAAUCGUGUCUGGGGUGCACUCCCCGAGACCACCGAUCCGCCCAACAAAACCGCAGACACCUCGUCCAAUUCCGCUGUUCCCCGUUGCGUCCACGACGACAACAGGUCCUGCGAGCGUUCCAGUGCCGGAUCUGUCGUCCAACGAGUCGAACGGCUUCACCGAGCCAACCAUCGGCACCAUUGACAACAAUUUCAUUCAGGACGAUGAGGAGUGUGGAGUGAGAAACUCGGGUAAGUAUCGUGUGGUCGGAGGCGAGGAAGCUCUGCCAGGACGUUGGCCUUGGAUGGCAGCGAUAUUCCUCCACGGCUCCAAACGCACCGAGUUCUGGUGCGGCGGUUCCUUGAUCGGUCCGCGACACAUCCUCACCGCGGCUCACUGCACGCGCGAUCAGCGACAACGGCCAUUCGCGGCGAGACAGUUCACCGUGAGACUGGGGGACAUAGAUCUCGAGAGGGACGACGAACCGUCCGCCCCUGAGACCUACACGGUCAAGCAAAUUCACGCUCAUCCGAAAUUCUCGCGGGUUGGAUUUUACAAUGACAUCGCGGUCCUCGAGCUGACCAGGCCGGUCAGGAAAUCACCGUACGUGAUACCAAUUUGCAUGCCGCAGUCGCGUUACCGAAACGAGAGAUUCGCAGGUGCCAGGCCCACCGUAGUUGGAUGGGGCACCACUUAUUAUGGAGGCAAGGAGAGUACCGUGCAACGACAAGCGGUGCUUCCGGUGUGGAGAAACGAAGAUUGCAACGCGGCUUACUUUCAGCCAAUAACGAGCAACUUUCUGUGCGCCGGUUACAGCCAAGGCGGUAAAGACGCUUGCCAAGGCGAUUCCGGUGGACCGUUGAUGCUCAGGGCCGACAGCCGAUGGAUUCAGAUCGGUAUAGUUUCCUUUGGAAACAAGUGUGGGGAGCCAGGAUAUCCGGGAGUUUAUACGCGCGUCACCGAAUACACCGAUUGGAUAAAAAGUAAUUUAAAGUGAUCGCGAAACGCGUCAGUG